AUGUCGUUAAAGGCAUGUCUUGAAAGUCAUGCGGUGGGCGAGCUCGUACGCGCUAAAGGCAUCAUGGUGGACGUGCCGCAUAGUGCACCAGUGCGCGAUGCGCUGCAGCUGAUGCGCAUGCACGGCAUCUCCGCGCUGCCCGUGUGGGCUCCGCCCAACGAGUGGGUGGGCGCGGGGGGUUCCUCCAUCAUGGUCACCGACGGCAGCACCAGCGGAAGCGGAAGCGGAAGCGGGGGCGCAGGGUCAGGGACCGGCGGGUCGGAGGUGGUAGAGGCGAGCGAGGAGCGCGGGGGAGCGGGGGAGAAGGGCGCGGGGGCGGGGGCGAGCGGGGGAGCGGGCGCGGGGAGGGCGCGGAGGCAGUACAUCGGGAUGGUGAGCGUGCUGGACGUGCUGAUGCACUUCGCGCAGUCGUCCGCGCGCGACGACCCCACGUGGGCGCUCGACGUGCCCAUCUCCACCCUCAUUGGCCACUGCCUUGAAGGCCUCUCCUGCUGGACCCUCCCCUUCCACCUCUCAGUGCUCGAUUCCUUGGAGCCAAUGAGCAAGGGCGUGCACCGGGUGCUGCUGCCACUGCCAUCCGCGGACCGCCCCCCCUCGGGCCCCAUCGUGCCGCUCUCCGUGGCCACUCACGGCGGCUUCUCCCGCGGCCUCCUCACCACCGACUGUGCCCCCGCCUACACCAUCCUGAACCAGGUGGAUCUGAUCAAGUUCAUGAUAGCUGAAGCACAGGCAGAGACAGGUGGGCAGCACCACCACUUCAAGUCCACCAGCAGCAACGGCUCCACCACCGCCACUGCCACACCGUCCUCCUCUUCCGCUCCCCCUGCUGCCACGGGCAGUGGCAAGUCUCUAGCAGAGCUUCUGCAGCUGUCAGUGAAGGAGGCGGGGGCGGUGCAUGGGACGGUGUUUGCGGUGCCGGCGAGCAUGAAGGUGCUGGACGCCAUUCGCUGCAUGCAGCAGGCGGCUGUGGCUGCUGUCGCCGUGCUCGAGCCCACGCCCGAUGACAAACUCGACGACCCCAUGCUCACCUUUGGCCAAGGACGUUGCCUGGUGGGCACGUUGUCCGCUAGCGACCUGCGCGCCUGCAGUGAGGAGGCAGCGCUCACAGCACUUCCCCGUUUGACCGUUGGUGACUUCCUAGCCACUCUUUCUGUCGCUCAAGACGUCGGAAUUUCCGCCGCUUUCAGCCCGUACGCCCCACCCCCCGCCCUUGCUACUCUUGCGUCAAACUCCCCGGCGUCGUCUCCCGCUCGCAUGUGCGAGGCGAGGUCCAUGGUUCCGAUUACUUGCCGAGAGCAUUCCCGGCUAGGCGUGGUUAUGUCCCAGGCGAUUGCUGGGCGCGUGCAUCGAGUGUGGGUGGUUGCGGAUGAUUCGUCAGGAAUUCUUAAACACCACGCCGGUCCAGAGCACGACAUUCUGCAAAUCCGCCGCUCGUCGUACCACGACGUCGUGCGCGUCGGCGAGCUCUCGCGACUUCUAGACCUGCACCACAUUCAGGUGUACGUGAUAAACAGCGCGAAAGUGGUUUUUAUUAAUCCGCGGCCGCAGUCUCGCGUGGUUAAAGGCGCGCCGUUCUUCUGCCGCACGUGCCACCGCACAUUGCUCGACGCCAGCCGAUACUGCUCCAUUGGCUGCAAGCUCGCCGCAUUGCGCCACGACCCCGCGCUCACAUUGCGCCCGCGGGGGGGAGGCACCGCGGAGCACGCAGCGCGGCCGGCUGCGGGACAUGGGCAUUUCGGGGCCAACGCGGGCGUUGACCGGCCGGCGCGGUCUGGGGACGGGUUAUCGGACGACGACUCAGGCACGUGGUCGGCGGGGCACCGGCGGAAGGAAGGGGGAAGCGAUUGGCGGAACGAGUGGCGCAAGCGCACAUUGCCCCCUCUGUUGAUGGAAGAUAACGACGCGGCGAGCUCGGGGGAGAGCGACGAGGGGCGCGGGGAGGAGGACGGGGACGAGGGGGUGUCCGCGGACUGGCGGAGGGGCGGCGGAGAGAAGGAGAGGAAGCGCGCGCGCUACGGCAAGGUGAAUGGCGCGGAGUCUCUGCGGUAUCCGGAGCUGGUUGGCGCGUCGUCCCCGGUGUUCUCCCCUGUGACUCCGCCGCUGGCGUAUCAACAUGAAGGCAGCACCGGCUCCCCCUGGCGCGCGCACAGGCGGAAGGGCGUUCCGCACCGUUCCCCCUUGUCUUGA